UCGGGCGCAGUUUUGGGGGUACGCAUUGAGCGCCGCCGCGGUCACAGCAUGGACAAUCAGACAGAAGAGAAAACCUACGUCGGGCUGGACGGCACGUUCACAUCGCUCACGCCUCGGUAUAGCUUCGCGCCGGCGUCUGACGGCGACUUUAUCGACGAUGACAUUGACAACCUUCGGUUGCAGCUCGACGAAGUGGAGCAGGAGCUGCGGCAAGCGGCAAAGUAUGGCCUGCAUCUUGUAGCCAAGAACAGCGACCUCAUACAGUCGAUGGAGAGGAUACACAUCGCCCACGAGAUGGCGGUGAGUGAGCUUAAGGGAGAAAUCACGACUCUGGAACGGCUCUUGCACGCCAUGCAGCUCGAUCGCGAUGCAUGGAAGCGGAGGUGCCAUACUACCGAAGAGGCUUUGGAUCGACUUCAGCAAGACCGGGAUCAUGCGCCUUCGCAUUCAAAGGGCGCCGACACCCACCAGCUCAUUCAGUCGAGGAACACUCAAGCCGAAGUGGAUCGUCUGACCAGCGCCCUCCAUGACGCCACCGUGGCAUUGCAGGACGCCAUGGCGACCGCAGUGGAAAAAGACGCUGUGAUCCACCGUCUCCAGUCGACGAAACGUGACAUGCUCGACAUCAUUCAACAGAUGAAAUGUGCUGCAGCCAACGACGCAAGCGUGCGGAAGGCACUUGCCUCCAAAAACGCCACCUUGCACAGCCGGCUGGCGGCUGCGAUGGCCAAGGUCGAGAUGUACCAUGAAGCAUUCCAAGAGCGAUUGGCGGACGAAGAUCGCCUUCGAAACACGAUAGAGGAGCUGACGUUGGAGCUGCAGACUCAAGGCGACCACGUCGAGGCCAAGUCGAACUUGAUGCACUCGAUGAUGGUGAAGUGCAACCGCCUUGAACGCGAGCUGGAGGCGCUCGUCGGUCGGGACAGUACGUCGUUGCCGCAAAACAACGCCGGCGUCGAAAACAAGGACGAUUAUGCUACCCCGAUGCUGUCGACGGAAGACCGGACGGCACUCGCGUCGUUCGACCGCCUCGAAAACUUCUUCAAGCUGACUGCGCUCGGCAUUAUCCUGGACCACGGCGCCCAUGACAAGUUGUUGCAAGGAUCGAGUCGCCACACGAUCCAAGCGUGGUUCCGCGAAGCGAUGGCGAACGAUGUGCCUUAUCACCAGUGGCAUCGGUGGUUGACGAUUCGAAUUGCAGCGGCGAGCCCACACGACGGCUUUCGCUUCUUUCGACCGCGAAAGAGUCUGAGCGUCGAAAUCCCGCCGCCAUCGUCAAGUCCGUCGUCGCUCGCGAGUGCCAUAUCCGACUUUUUCGACAAGUACAAGCGGAAAAGCGACCCCACUGUCCCCGAGUAGGACGGCCGCGGGUGUGACUUGGAGGGCCUGAAUGUCCUUCCCCACGUUAACCCGCACAACACACCACCUACCGACCAUGGAUGCUUGACCGACGUGGUGCGGUGCCUUGGCGAGUACUGCGCCCCAAUUAUAUAUGGCCAACGCUGCUGUAGUAUUUGCGUCACUCAGCUGUGCUCCGGUGAAAAGCAC